AUGGCGGAAGCUGAAGAGGAGGACGAUCUUGAGGUCCCCCUCGAGUUCAUCUGUCCCUUAUCCGACGACAUUAUGCGCGAUCCAGUAAUCAUCGCGUCGGGACUCAGUUACGAGCGCGAUCUGAUCAAGGUAUGGUUCGCAGCAGGCCGGCGCGUCUGCCCGAAAAGCGGCAUGAAACUCGACCACACCGAGUUCUUCCCCAACGUCGCUCUUAAAGCCCUCAUCGCCGAGUGGUGCGAGAAGCACGAUCUCGAACUCGCGCCUCUCCCGGAAGGCCUCGAGGAGGAACUUGCCGCGCAAGUUCGCGCGCAAGACGAGGAACCGUCUCCGACGUCGUCUAGCCGCGGCAGCCCGCGCGGAAGAGGCGGCGGGAGCGGCGGCGGCGGGGGCGCAGGAGGUUACAGGGAUGGCCCAAGACGGGGCCGACCUGGAGAUGACUAUGAUGACGCGGACGAAUCUCAGCCGUACGUGCAGCGGUCCGCUAGCGCGGGGAGCGGGAGGCGGAGGGGACCGGGCGAUCGAGAGAGGGACGAUGAUAGCGGGUCUGAUAGGGGGAGUGGGCGGUCUGGAUCGCGUACGCGAGAGGCUUAUAGCGAAGACGAGGACCGGCGUGGCAGGGGGAGUAGCGGGGGAAGGGGGGGCGGCGGAGCUAGUCGGCUGCAGCCGCGGAGUGAGGAGGAGCGGAGAGCGCGCACAGGGCGUGUGGCGGCGCAGUUGCUGUCGCGACAACGGGGGAGAGGGGGAGGGGGAGGCGGGGGAGGGGGCACCGCGCGGGAACGAGGGAAGGAUGGUUAUAGAGACCGGGAGCGGGAUAGCGACUCGGAUAGGGACGGGGAAGGUCACCGCGAUCGAAACAGGGAUGGGUAUAGGGACAGAGAUCGCGACAGGGACCGGGACAGAGAUAGAGCGCGGGAACCUGACAGAGACCGGGAUCGCGAGAGGGAUAGGGAUAGAGACAGGCAUGGAGAGAGGGACAGGGAGAGAGGAGGGGAGAGAGAAAGGGGCAGGGGAAGGGAUGAUGACAGUACGUAUUCUCCUAGGCGCCCUCCGUCGGACCGAGGGGGGAGAGGAGGCGGGAGAGGUGUGGGAAGGGCUGGGCCACGAGUAGCGGGGAGAGGCGAUAGGGAUGUGGGGAGAACGGGGAGAAAGGAGGCAGCUGAGGAGAAACCAGGGGAGGCAGCGGAAGCUUUGGGGAAAGAACCGGCUGCUGCGGAGGGCACACGCGAACCAGCAGCAGGAGCAGGGGAGGGUGCAGCAGCAGGGGAAGGAGCAGCAGCAGCAGCAGCAGCAGCAGCAGCAGCAGCAGCAACAGCAACAGCAACAGCAGGGGAAGGGGGCGCAGGAGACGCAGAUGGGACAGUGGGGAAGGCGGACGGUGCAGCGGACACAGCGGAGGGGGACGGAGCGGAGGGGGGAGGAGCGGGUCCGGAAGCAUGGGCGGACAGGCGAACAAUGAGCCUCGACGAGCGGACGAGAGAAGGGCAGGAACCACCAGGGUCCCCUGCCGGUAGCACGUCAUUUGAGCGCCAGCUCACCUCCCCAGCCAACCCCUCGUCUGCAGGAGCCAAGGAGGGAAGCGGGUCCAGGCACAGAGGCUCGGGCGCUUCUUCGUCUCCUCUUAGAAAGUCCAGUAGUGGGGCUGGUCCGAGGAACCUGCCGCCCCAGCCGCGGCCAACCAGGGACAAAACGCGGCUAGGGGGUAGCAGUGGGGGUACGAGCAGUGGGAAGGAUAGGGGUGGUGGAUCUGGCAUCACGGCCAGCUCUCCUAGGUCUCGCCCCCCACUGUCCUCCCCUUCGUCCACGUCAUCAUCCUCUCCUAGACCGUCCCUGUCGUCUUCGUCUCGAUCCAUGCGGACAAUAGACGACAUGUUAGAUGCCAUCGAUCGCGGGUCGUCGGCUGACCGGGAAGAGGGGAUCAUGCGGCUCCGGUCUGCCCUGAAAGAAAGUUCCGAGGCGCGGCGGCGCGUGGUGAACCGGUCAGACGGGGUGCCGAUUCUGGUGGAUCUGGUGGAGGAUUCAGCAGCGUUGGUGGCGUCUGGGAGUGAAGGGGCGAGCAGGGAGAGCCGUAUGGAUGCUUCGGCUGUGCUGGACUGUGCUGUGUCGGUGAUACUGCAGCUGACACAUUCUUACGAUGGGGCGCUAGAGGUGGUGGAUGUUGGGGGCGUGGGGGUUCUUGUGGAUUUAGUGGAUGGGAAGUGCAGAAAAAAGGGCGGAGGGAGGGACGGAGGCAGCCCGAAAGGGGAUGGCGACGGUGCAGCGAGCAAGUUCUCGGAUUCGGUGCGGUCAAAUGCAGCGGCGGCGCUGUUUGCGAUUGCUACGUGUGACGAUGAUGACAAGGAGGAUGAAGACGGGAGGAGGAGGCGGAGCAGCAGGUACCGGAACAAGAUUCUCCGAUGCGGCGGCAUCCCUCCGCUGCUCAAGCUGCUCAAACUUGAAGCCGCUCGGUGCCGGAAAGACGCUGCUCUCGCGCUCUUUGCCCUCUCAGACGACCCGGACUGUGCCGAUGAGAUCAUCCGAGAGGGCGGGGUGAGUGUGCUGGUGGAUUCGUUGUCAGACAAGCGGCCAGGAGUGGAAGAGAAGGCUAUGGCUGUGUUGGCGAAUUUGGUUAAGUCUAAGGAGGGACAGGCGGCUUUGCUAGAGGUGGAGGGGACGCUGGUGAUGCUGGAUGUGCUGGAGAGUGAGUCGGAACGUGCGCAGGAAGAGGCGCUGUUUGCGCUGUACCAUCUGGUUACCACCGGCGUGGUUACGCCUGCGUUUUUGCUGAAUGAUGGGGCGUUGUUUCCGGUGGCGAAGAUGGCUGCAAAGAAAGGGUCGCCGCCUGAAGCCCUGGAGCUGCAUAAGAUUCUCACAGCGGCAAGGAAGAGUGUGGCCACAUGA